AUGACUCUGGGGUCGUGUUUCCUACCUAUCUUAAAGAAUCAUCAUAUUGAGAGAAUCCCGAGAAGAGCGAACUUGCAUCCUCUGGUCGAUAGCAACAUCGCAGCAAUGGUUUUCCUGGCCAAAGAAUCACCAGCCAUCUCGCGGCGGCAGCGCAUGCGCGCAAUCCUCCUCGCCCUCACCUAUGCAUGCGCAACCUUUGGCGUCGUCGUCCAGAUCCUCACCCUGAUCGCCGGCAGAUGGGUUAUACGCUCCAGGUCCGGUUCCGAGCGUCUCGCACUCACCAGCCUGUCCGUCGUGCAGUUUGACGGCAUCAUCCCGUCCCCCGGGUCCGACUCGUACCUCGUGACCAUGCACCAAUUCGCCGCCUCCUUCGGCUACGAGUAUCCCGACGCCUCCAAGGCCGGGAUCCUUGGCCACUCGCCCCGUUUCCCCCGCGAUCUCGUCGCCGUCGCCCGGACCCUCGAGAUUCCCCCGGCGGACUGGGCGUGCCUGCGCGACCCUGAACCCUGCGCCUCGCCCUUCUUCCAGUCCUUCUCCGCCGGCGCCGGCGCCUUCGGCAUGCCCGGGACGAUCCGCCACCUGUCGUUCGCCUAUGCCCUCGUCCUGGUACUCUACAUCGCCGCCAUAGAGGUCCUCAUCGCGGCGCGCCCCAGCUGGCUGCGGUGCCGGUGCUACUUCUCCUGCUUCACGCGCGUGUGCCCGUGCCCGCGCGGCGCGCGCGCCGAGAUCGAGGCGCUGCCGGGCGUCUUCUGGGACCGGUACCGCCUGUGGACGUGGGGCCUGCUGCCGUGCGCGGCGUUCCUGCCGCCCUUCGUGAUGACGCUGCACGGGCUGCCGCUCGUGUGGUUCGUGGAGCGGCGGGAGGUGGGGGAUAUGGACGUGCGGUUCGGGACGGGGUUCGUCGUGGUGCAGGCGGCGUGUUUCGGGGCGUCGUUAGCGGCGGUGGUCUGCGUCUACCUGAGGAGACGUCUCGGGCGAGGGAUGAUUUGGAUGGAAGAAGGCCUGGGGGUGGCGAUGAAGGAGUGAGUGAGUGUGAUGCAGGGAGGGAAGAAAGAGGGGCUGGGCGUCCCGGUCGAUAGAGCAUACCGAGCCCGGACCCGAUGUGCCGCUUCCGGAUCGGAUCCGGAGUAUUUGUGGGGCCGUGUCUGCGUGGAUCCCCCCUCCCCCCUUCGGAGCCGGUCAUGUCAUCUUGCCACGCUCAGGGGGGGACCAGCCAUCGCUGCUUGGUUUAGAUGAUGAGAUCUGAUCUGAUCCGAUUCGAUCUCAGCGCUCGCGGGGUUGUAGCUAAAUCAUCAACACAAUUGCCCCGAGUUCCAUCGUCACGUACGCUGCCGCCCCCUCAAACUCCAGCACUGAGACUAGGACCAGGUGUGCACAAGCGUAGCCUAUUCAUCUAUGCAACUCCCUCCUGCACCUGGGAUUUCUGGGCUGGGCCAGAUUUGGAGAAACGGGAAGGGAGGGAAUGGCUGCACUCGCCCCAUUGACGAAUCAUGGUCUCAUCAUCGGCCGCCGAUCGUCGAGGAGGCGGCCCGCCCGUGCGGACGGUCGCACAAGACGCUGAUGUCAUCACCCACCAGAGCAGCUGUCAUCGAUUUGCGCCUCGGAGCAGAAGAGGCUUGGGCGCGCGCGCGCGACAAGUGCAUCUUGCCGUGGUGACGCAUGAUGGCGUGAUUCGGUCAGAGAAAU